AUGACCAUCCGAGGUGGCAUCAGAUUUCUGCGGUUGCUCGUUUUUGCAAUGAUUUCAUGCACAGUUUCAAAAGAAAUCUGGCGCAUCGUGAACGGGAGGAAUGGCACCAUCGAAGAAAUGCCUACCAUCGUAUCUAUCCGUUUGCUUACUUCUCAUAUUUGUGGUGGAAGUAUUUUAACAAAAUACUGGAUCUUGUCUGCCGCUCAUUGUCUUGCAACGAUUGAUCCUCGCCAACUAUCGGUUCAAGUUGGACAAACUAAGAUAUCAGACACGAAAUCGGUACACGAUGCUUCACUUUAUAUUAUUCAUCCCGAUUACAAUGCGAACUAUUACGAUAACGAUAUUGCCAUACUAAAACUGACUAGACCAUUGACAUUUUCGAAGUCAGUUCAACCUGCGAGAUUGCCACCGGUUUGCUCGGAGGUUGUACAACAUGGAAUGCGCGUUCGGGUGGCAGGAUGGGGACUAGUCAACGAAACCUAUUUGCCGGAAAUUCUUCAAAUACUUGAUUACUAUGUCAUUCCAAAUGAUGAAUGCAGGCAAUUCCAUAGACAUCCAGUAUACGAUACCCAACUUUGUGCAGUAUAUCCUGGCGGUGGCAAGGCAACAUGUAACGGAGACUCCGGCGGUCCCUUGGUACAUAACGGUGUUCAAGUUGGAAUUGUAUCUUGGGGUCUAAAAAAUUGUUCUGAUGUAGCACCAUUUGUAUUUAGUAAAGUGUCACACUUUAUAAAAUUCAUUUACAUGCACACCGAUCUAGACCGGGCUGCUAUACAAUUUUCUGUGUGUUCUCCUAUAAGCAGACCAAUAUGUGAGCGAUGUUUGGAACGUCUAACUAGAGAAACACAGGCUUUUCCUCCCUGGGAUAGAUUGGACAAUGGCAUGAAUAAACAAGAUGUAGAUAGUAAAAUUCCUCAUGUAAUAUAGUUUUAGUGUUAUGAUCUUUUA